UCCUUCUUCCAAUACGCUGACCCUCUCCUCCCCUCACUACCCCGCAGGCGCAUUCACUUUUCCCUGCAGAGCCCUCUCCACUUUCGAUCAUAACAUUAUGGGGGACCCCAGGAAGCAUCAUGGUUGGUUCGGACCCACCCUCACUCUGCAUCUCAGAGGCUCACGUCUACCCACGUGUCUCCAUAUAACGUCUGGGGAGCGAACGCGCGUUGAAGAAGUGGACCACGAAGGGAGGAAUCGGUUUGGAUGGCGGUCCCGGCACGUGGAGGGAGGUGGCGAAAAUCAUUCAGGAAUGCAAGUUUACGAGGAUUUGGUGUUUUACAAGAAUGCGAGAGGGUUUGCGAAGAGGGUUGCUGUGUUUAAUGAGCAGAGCGCUUCCUGCCUCCGAUUUGGGGAUCGAUGUUGAUGAGGUUUUGCAUCUAUCGGACGCAUCGACCGUUCUCUUUCGUCUAUCGUGCAUUGCAUACCCCACGAGUUCAUUUCCGUAGUUGAUAGAUUGAGAAGGACUUUUUGCUGAGUUCCAGCCCUUGCAUGUGGACGUUCGGCUUUGUGGUAAUUGCGUACAGCCGCCCGCGCCUCUUCCCU